UGCCAAAAUGUACCUCAUCAAUCAUCGUCGGCGGCUCCCCAUUCUUUUUGAAACCUCAUUUCGCAACAUUUCCCUACUUUUUUUCACUGAAAAACAAAUAGACUGAGCCAAAACCAAGAAAAAAGAACGCAAUUGCAUUUUUUGAUCGUCUUCAAAAAAGGCCGGGGCGUGACCUGAGAUCAGCAAAAAUACAAAAACCCUAAAAUCUUUUAAUUCAGAAAUAUGUGGAGAAGGCUAGUGACUUCACAGCUCAAAACCCUAGCCACAGCUCCAUGCGAAUCCGCUUCUAAAACGGUGCUGCUUCGUUUCAAAUCUCACAUUUCUCCAUCCCCUUCCGCUUCUCUCCUGACUCACCGCUUCUCAUCCGACUCAGCGGAUACUGCUGUGAAGAAGAGGGUUGAGGAUGUAAUGCCUAUCGCCACUGGUCAUGAGCGCGAGGAGCUUGACUUUGAGCUUGAGGGAAAGAAAAUCCUUGAAGAUUUUAACAAUCCUGUAGGUCCUUUUGGCACAGAGGAAGCUCCUGCAGUCAUCAAGUCCUACUAUGACAAGAGAAUAGUUGGAUGCCCAGGAGGUGAAGGCGAGGAUGAGCAUGAUGUUGUCUGGUUUUGGCUGGAAAAAGGCAAGCCACAUGAAUGCCCAGUUUGCUCACAGUAUUUUGUGCUGGAAGUUGUGGGACCUGGAGGACCUCCAGACGGACAUGGUGACGAUGAUCAUCAUUAAUUGAAACUUUCAAUUUUUCCUCUUGGAAUAAAAUUGCAGAAGGUGAUGGAAUGAUGUCCGGUAUACAGUGCACCUUCAAACGUUCAAAAAGCAUUAUGUCUUGUUUGGUUUUUAUCGGCCUUUGGUUCUUAUGGCUGUUGCUCUGGCAACGUUUGAGAUUUUAUUUUUUGUAGCAAUUUAGACAGAGGGUGUUGGUCAUCUUUUUGAA